AGGACGAAUGGGAAGUAAAGAAAAUAGAAGAUAGAAGAUGUACGGUUGGAAUUCUGCCCGACAGGAAGUCACACCUUACGAGCUAAAUUCUUUUUAAGAUGGAGCUCCUCUCAGACAGAAUGUUUCCAACAUGGAGGAAGCUCUGUGCUUUUUGGCUGCUGCUGCCUUCAACCCACUGUGCGAGAUGGCUAAAAAUUGCUCCUGCUUGAAAGAUGGCAUUCAAAAUAGAGCAGCAGUGAUCUGGACAUAGCCACAGCAGGGAUGAAUCUGUCUGAGUCCUCCUACCAAGAGGAGUCGCUGCUGGGUAACUUCACCAUGGCUUACUCCUACUACCACCAGAACUACACCCUCGUCCCCCCACUGCAUCGAGACAAGACCAGCACUUCCAAACCUGCAGCAUGCGAGCAGGUCCACAUCGCUAUAGAGGUCUUUCUGAUCCUGGGUAUCAUCUCCCUGCUGGAGAACAUCCUGGUCAUCACAGCCAUAGUGAAGAACAAGAACCUCCACUCACCCAUGUACUUCUUCAUCUGCAGUCUAGCAGUAGCGGACAUGCUGGUGAGUGUGUCCAACGCCUGGGAGACCAUCAUCAUUUACCUCCUCAACAACAGACAGCUGGUGGUGGAGGAUCACUUCAUCCGGCAGAUGGACAAUGUGUUUGACUCCAUGAUCUGCAUCUCUGUUGUAGCUUCGAUGUGUAGCCUUCUGGCCAUCGCUGUGGACAGGUACGUCACUAUCUUCUAUGCACUGAGGUACCACAACAUCAUGACAGUGAGGAGAGCCGGCUGCAUCAUCGGGGGAAUCUGGACCUUCUGCACGGGCUGCGGGAUCGUCUUCAUCAUCUACUCAGACACCACCCCCGUCAUCAUCUGCCUGGUCUCCAUGUUCUUUGCCAUGCUGGUCAUCAUGGCCUCCCUCUACAGCCAUAUGUUCAUGCUGGCGCGUUCCCACGUCAAGCGCAUCGCCGCCCUGCCCGGCUACAACUCCAUCCACCAGCGGGCCAGCAUGAAGGGGGCCAUCACGCUGACCAUCCUGCUGGGGAUCUUCAUCGUCUGCUGGGCUCCCUUCUUCCUUCACCUGAUACUGAUGAUCUCGUGCCCGCGCAACCUCUACUGUGUGUGCUUCAUGUCCCACUUCAACAUGUACCUCAUCCUCAUCAUGUGCAACUCGGUGAUUGACCCACUGAUCUAUGCCUUCAGGAGUCAGGAGAUGAGGAAGACUUUUAAGGAGAUCAUCUGUUGUUACAGCCUGAGAAAUGCCUGCACGAACAUCUGCGCUCUGACGGGUAAGUACUGAGAGAGACAGACUCAGAAGGCCAAUGGCAGAAUUUGUAGGAUGAACCGACUGCAGAGAACUGUUUCAUUGCACUUUUCAGCCACUACAGUGUACAGUCAAGCACAUUUUUGUCUUCUGUCCAUUAUGAACUGGAAAGGGGACUCCCACCAUUUGUAGGGAGGUUAAGCUUCUAUCUCCUAAUGUUGUCGCAAUGUGCACAAAGUGGCUACAGUAUUCGGUACUUGGACAAACAGCCAAGACCAUUUGAAAGUGCGUUGCAGAAAAGAGUUUGUGUCCUGCCUUUCAUUUUAGCUGACAUUUCUUUGAUUGUUCUGCUUUGACCUUAUUUUUUUUUUAAAUCAACACUUUGACAGGAUAUUAUCAUUUUUGUUAUUAUCUUUUGUGAAUCUUAAAUGAUGUUGUGUAAGAGUCCUGACAUACUUUCUGCUAACUACUGUAUGCGUAGGCGUGAGCAUGAUGGCUACCUGUUCUCAUUCCCGACUCGUCAAAUAUCGCUGCUUGGUCGGUGUCCCUCGGCGUUGAAAUUCUGAUGUACUGAUGUAUUUUUUAGUGUACGUAUGGGACGUUAUUAACAAACUCCAAUGUAAAUCUAUUCGCGUCAUUAUAAGACCGUCAGAGCACAGGACAUGGUAUAAAGAGCGAGAAAAGAGGUCGCGGUGGACGGUUGGGUUUAAACAAACACAGGUCUGCUGUUUCCCGUGAGAAAUAAAGUCAACUUUGACUUAUUUUACCAUGGUUUUGUUACAUAACUUAACGCCAAUUCAAAGUUUAUUUUGAAAAGACACUAUGUAACCAGUGGAAACUAACAUGUAGUCUCCGACACAUCCAAGAUUGACACUAGAGGGGUAUGUAAAGCGCCAUGGUUUGAAGCAUAGGGACACUGACCAAUCAUCUGUAUUUGAGUUGGGAGUGAGAACGUGUUGGCUAUGUGGAUGAAUGGGGUGGGGCAAUGACGACAACAACAAAUGGGAAAAGUUUUGAGGGAAUCUAAUAGAAAGUUGCCUCAAUUGAUGUCACCUAAAUCAAUGUUAGCUGUGACUGAAAAUGUCAGCCUCUCAUUCAUUGAACUAGGUUGUGACAGCGGAGAUGGAUCAGGCAAAAGAAAAAACUGAAAACUGCAGUUAGUCAGAAAAAAAAAGCUCUUGCAUGUCAUUUUUGGAGAAAAUUUGAAAAAGAUGAUUUCCUUGUUGUUCAAUACAGAGGACAAAACAACACUUUAAACAAAGAAGUACCACAGAGACAAUCUUGUGUUGAAUAACAGAGAGGAGCUUACAGUCUAUCAGAGCUUUUAAAAACAAUAUGUACUCCAACAUCAACUUAUUGUGGUUCACUGUUGAGCAGAUCAUUUUCACGAAAAUGUUUUCACCAACCCAAGAAACAUCACGACUCUUGCCUCAGAUGUUUUGCCUUGUUCGCACCUGUUGCCAUUUUCGGCGUCUGCUAUCGAUCGCUAAUUAGCACUAAACUAGGUGUCGUGAGCGGGUCUUCUAUAAAACCCUGGAGCCGUGAAGAUUCUGAAAGAAUACGCCCAUUGGCUACUAAUCCAAAUAUGAUUGGUUGAUCAAAUUGUCAAUCCAAACGUACGCUCUCAUUACGUUGAAUUGUCAGGGCAUUCUAACAAGGACAUAAAAUACCCUGGAUGGUGAAUUUUCUCCCCAGAGACUCUUAAAAAAAUAUCUGAUUGGUUGCAUUUUAUUUUCCAACACAAAACCACUUGAAUGCACAAAGCACAGACAGAAAACAACGCAAACAAGUCGGCGUCAUUUUAUAUUUUAUUUUAUUUUAUUUAUAGAAUUAAUCAGACCAAACCAGGGCUUUGUCUGAAUACCUUGAAGGCCCUGACAUUUCGCGCUUGUUUGUUAUCUGUAACUGGGGAAAAGAAGGCUGCUGCUGAACUUUUGGAUGGCAUUGCCAGACAACAGCCAAAUUUCUGCCACUGCGGUAUGCCUAAACCCCCCGCACCCCUCCCUGCUGCUGCAUUAGUGGGAUAGUUAAUGAACAGCUUCCUGAAAUCUGCCAACGCUCAGUCGCACAGCCGUUUCUGCUAUGGUUUGAAUAAGGAGUCACUCUCUUGUCUGUAUGUUCAUAUAAAUUAUAGCUGCUCUAUUCUGUCAAUGUGCUCACCGAUGUAUGACAAUUCUUACUGCAUCCCUGCCAAUGGUCUGUAAUAAACUAUGUCAAUAUGUCAUAAGUUUACACUUGAAAUGUAAAAAUGAAUAUACAUACCGCUUUACAGUGCUCUCUGUAAGUGUGUGUCAGUGGCGCCUACCUCCCAAAUGAAAAGCUUGAGAGAACUUUAUCACAGAAUGCAACCAUCUGCCUGAAAUUGCUGUUCUGCAUCAUUUCUUAGUGGUAGAUUCUAAGCAUUUGUUUCCCAGUGUUGCAUUGUAAUAUGUAUUCCCAAGAAAAACAAUUUGUAUUAUUUGUGUCUUGAGACUGAUCCUUAGACAGCGAGACAUGAGUCAUUUUUGAAAAAAAACAUGAUGAACACAGUAUUAAAAGGAUGUUUUGUGUUGUAAAUUGCCUUAACGUUGCUUCCAUACAUGCUUAUUGUAAGUCCUGCGCAAUUGUGAGAUCAAAACAAGAGCAUAUGAAUAUGCACACAUGGAAACUGCUUUUAUUAAAACGCAAUGGUAUUCUUUU